AGGGCUUCGGAAAAAACACAUAAAUCAUUGAAACAUGUAAAAUUGUUUUUGGUCUUAACUCUUUUGUAGCCGUUGUUGAACCACACCCUUAAGUAAUUUUUGGCAGUUCGAAAUCUGAUCGAGCAACAAACGAAAAAGCCAAACAAACCACAAGCAAUCAGGAAACCAAGAGUGAGGGAGAAGCUGACGACUGGUGCUUGCCUUUUGUUUGUGUUGCAGUGCCUGCCUCCUUUCGAGAGAGGGAGAGGAACGUUGUCAAUCUGCGACGGAAGCAUCAACAAUUCACCAUGACUCGAUCACGGUACAGCGACCACGACCGCGAGGAGGAAGAGGAUCCGGGCUAUGCUCGCAGCGAAGGGAUUUUUCGCAACACUCAUCAGGAAGCUGACGGGGGCUCUGCAGAUGAUAGUGGGGUCCAGGAAGAGGGAAAGGCUUUGUCCGUGUCGGAGCUCCUCUACAGUUCGUCCUCCUACUAUGCAAUAGCCAAGCCAGUGUCCAUGACCAUGAUGUUGUCAGCCCUGUCGGUGGUUUACAUCAACAACGAAGAAACCAUUGAGAAUGGAGAAGCUGCCAUGGCCAAUGCGUACCAAGUCUUUAGCACCGAUGGAUCGGGUGGAUUGGACACGCUACUCUUGAGUUUUGCCAAUAGUAUUGUCAUGGUCAGCGUCAUCUGCAUGAUGACAUUUGUUAUUGUCCUGCUCUACAAAUUCAAAUGUAUGAAGUGCCUCAUUGGAUACAUGAUUUUCUGCUCAGCCACUCUUUUGGGAGUCCUGGGAGGCAAUUUGUUUCAGACUGCCCUGUAUGUCUACCACAUUCCCAUGGAUAUCAUUUCCUACUAUUUCUUCAUUUACAAUUUUUGUGUUGUCGGUGUGGCAUCCGUAUUUUGGGGACAAGGUAUUCCCAAGUACAUCACACAAGCAUAUCUCAUUGCGACAGCCGUCAUUUUGGCUUGGCAUUUGAGCUAUUUUGAUAGUUGGACCACAUGGAGCCUCCUCACCAUGUUGGCCCUAUAUGAUCUCUGUGCAGUUCUCACACCAUGUGGGCCACUAAGAUUUCUAGUGGAUCUCAUGUCCAAGGAUGAUGCUCCCGAAAUGCCAGGACUAUUGUAUGAGGCAGAGCUCCCGCCCGAGGCACGGCGUCCUGGAAUGCCGCGUGGUGCCAAGGGUUCCAAAAACACAAACUACGGUGGAAAACAGUACGGUUCGAGGAAUUCCAGAGGUUCCGAUGAUGAUGAGAUUAUGGCCAGCAGAGACGACGGCUCUGGAAACUCGGGAGUCAUGGAUAAUCGGUCAGAAGAUGGCAGCGGUGAAGAAGGUCCUCUUAUUGACAUUCCCUUGGCUAUCGCCAGCGUUUACAAUCUGCCCGUCCUGGUCAUCCCGCAUCAUUCCUUAGCCACUAUGAGUCAAGGCUCGGGAGGCAGUGACGGCCCCUCCAAUUCGCCCUUGUUGGCAAGCAAUGGUGCAAACCCAAUGGUCCCCGAGAACCCGACACCUGCUCAACUGCGAGCCGAAGUUACAGUUCGCUUGCCCAAGGAUGGAGGUAGGAUUAAUCGAGUUGCAAAACGUGGCAAGAAAGUGUAUUUAGAAACGGAUCGUCAGGGGAAACCAAAGAGAAUUCUCUGGGUAGACCGCACUGGGAAGGUGUUUGCCGAAAUGCGUGGCGACGAUGAAGAUAUGGACGAACAAAACUCGAUCCGACUUGGGCUCGGUGAUUUCAUUUUCUACUCGGUUCUGGUGGCAAAAGCAGCUCAGUACAGCUUUGCCACUUUUGCGGCAUGCAUCCUUGUGAUAUUGGCUGGUUUGGGUGGAACUCUUGUCCUACUAUCUGUGUACCACCAUGCCCUACCAGCCUUGCCAAUUUCGAUCUUCCUUGGUGUUGUCUUCUACGUGUUUACGCGAGUGUUCAUGGAACCCUGGAUAGCACAGGUUCUUCAGAAGCCUUACUAUGUUUAAGUCUUGGCACAGCGUGGCGCUGAAUGAUUAUAAUGAGAGCUUGCCUGCUGCCUUGUUCGGGGUUUGUCCUUUUCCACACAAGAGUACAUUCAUUUAAAAUAUAGUCCCGUAAUAUUCCUUCAAAGUAUGAACUGUUACAUGUACAUGUAGAUAUGUAGAUCAACCAAAAAUACUGUAUCGAUAGCGUGGAGCUGUAGUUCUAACCUUUCCGGUGGUACAGUCGUAACCAACUACCAGGUACCGGUAGCUAGCUAGCUUGUUUUGUUUUGUUUUGUUUUGU